AUGGAGUCCCCGCAGGUCGCGUCUCAGCCGCCCGACCAUACCGUCAAGCGCGUGUCCCGGGCUUGUCUACACUGCCGCCAGCGCAAAUCGCGAUGUGACCUUGACAGCAAUGGUACCGGGAAGCCGCCUUGUCAGCGCUGCGUUCGGGAACACCGUGAAUGUGUGCUCGGCGGCUCGAAUCGCGGGGGUCGACGAAUCCGCAAAAACAAGAUCAAGAAUUUCACCCCAGCGGCCAAUCAAUCACCUAGUAAAGACUCGGAAGGAACUUCUAGCCCUGCAAGCUCGGAGGCUCGUCGUGCACCAUCUGCGUCUUAUUCUGGGCCAGUAGUCUUUCUCCCACCAAAUCCACCCGCAGGAGGGGCGGCUUCGGUCGCCGUCGAGGAAGAUACCUCAAUUGACUCGGUACCUCGUAACCCAUCUGAUGCCUGGCAGUGUUUAACAGAUAUCGCCACCCAAAGCGCGAGUGCGCCUACAGAGCGAGGUCGCGAUCAUGCGCGGUCCAAGUCAGGCAGCUUUUCAGCGCACAAUGGGCUGCGAAAUAGUAUCGUGGCAGAUUACAACGCCCCGAGCACCGGAAUCAGAGCUUACCGGCUUGUCCAGUCUCGGUCUUUAGACCCUACGACGGUAUGGCAACUGGUUACUCGAUAUGCGGAAAACUUUCAUCCGUAUCUCCCGUUAGUCCCCCGAAAAUACUUUGAGCGGUCUGCGCUGGACGAAUUUGCCGCGAAUGAGAAAUACCUUCUUACAGCCAUUGUCACCAUUGCUUCGAAAGAUCUGCACGACCGACCCGAAAUUCAUGAAUGCUGCUCAAAAUACAUGCUGGAACUGAUCUCCGGAAUUUCUGCUGGUGCUGACUGCGAUGUGGAUGCUAUUGAGGCUCUUCUUUUGUUAGCUGAGUGGGAGCCCCACGGCCUUCGAUCACGUAUUGAGCGUGUUGGCCGUGGAGAGGAGGACCGCGCUGCGUGGAUGCAUGUCGGGCUGGCCCUCCGCUCGGGCUACUUUAUUGGACUUGAUCGCACAUCUUUCCGAGGAGAUCCAUACGGCGACCAGGCGACCGAGGCUCGUCGUCGAUUAGCAUGGGCUAGCUGCUAUGUCUCGGAUCGGUUGAUAUCGGUGCGUAUUGGACGUGCGUUCUGGUCGCGGGGUCCGGGCCCAAUGACCGGUCUCGUUAGCCAGGAUUUCCCUUCGCUACAGCCAGCCAACGACGGUGAUGAAGAUUACUCAAAAAUCUUCCAGGCCAUGCUAGAUCUCACACAGCUCUAUGGGAAUGUCCAUGAAGUCUUGUAUUCUGGCAUGCGCACGAGUAACCAGAUGAUGUUGAUGGGAGAUUAUGUUAAAUAUGUGGAUGACUUCCGCCUUGCCAUUUUAAGAUGGAAGUCUCUUUGGGGACCCUUGGAUUGUUCACCCGCUAUGCGGGCCACAUUGCAGCUAUCAUAUGAGUACCUCAGGCUUUAUACAACCGCCUUUGCAUUCCAAGCUGCAAUUUCACAGUCUUUGGCCUCAACAAAGAUAGAUGGGGCUUCUCAUAGAGAGCAGCUAAGGUCUACUUUCAAGAAUGUUGCCUCAAUGCAGGACUCUCGUUUCAUCUACGAGUCUGUUGAUGCGGCCAAGGCUUACUUGACUAUUCUUGUGGACUCGGUUGAUCCUGAAAGGCAUCUACAUUUUAUGCCCCUUCGAUUCUAUCUAUAUGGAAUCUAUUCUGCCGUCUUCCUCUACAAGGCCCGCUCAUUCGGAAUGAUGCUUCCUUCUGAAGAAGCCAAAGUCCAGGGCCUAGUCGCAAGGACCACCGAAGUCCUCAAACAAGCGAGCGCUGGUCCUGAUGACAUCGGAUCGCGUUACUCCCGUCUCCUCGAACUUCUCUGGAAAGCCAAGCCAACAGCCAUGACAACGUCCGCUGAGACGCCACAAAGCACUGAGUUUGCAAUGCAGACCUUGUCAAACCCAGUUGCAGAUCCAUCAUACAUGGAUUUCAGUCCUGCGAACGAUUUCUCGUGGCUAGAUCUCGAGGCUGUGGGUGACUAUGUUUCGGGUGACCAAAUAUCCGGUGGUCUUUUAGGGCUGGACACGUUCCAGAACCCAUCUGAUCCAUACCAACCCGGACAAGAUCGUUCGCAGGCCUGGCAGCCGUCCACUUGGCUUGGGGACAUGAGCAGCAACCUUCUGUUCUAA